AUGAGGAUGGAUCGAGGGGAGGAAAUGCACGCCGUGCAGCGGGCUUCUUAUGCAUGGGAGAGCUACCCAGCGCCCUUGCCCUCCAGCAACCGCGGCAAAUGGGUGAGGCUGAAUGUCGGAGGGACCGUUUUCUUAACUACCAGGCAAACCCUGUGCCGCGAGCAGAAAUCAUUCCUUUGCCGGCUGUGCCAAGGGGAGGAGCUGCAGUCGGAUCGGGAUGAGACAGGUGCCUACCUAAUCGAUCGGGACCCCACUUACUUUGGACCCAUCCUGAACUUCCUCCGGCAUGGGAAGCUGGUCCUAGAUAAAGAUAUGGCUGAAGAAGGGGUUCUGGAAGAAGCUGAAUUCUACAACAUCGGGUCUCUAAUCAGACUAAUAAAGGACAGACUGGAGGAAAAAGACUACACUGUAACACAGGUGCCUCCAAAGCACGUGUACCGAGUGCUGCAGUGCCAAGAGGAAGAGCUCACUCAGAUGGUUUCCACUAUGUCUGAUGGAUGGCGCUUUGAACAGCUGGUGAAUAUUGGAUCGUCCUAUAAUUAUGGAAAUGAGGACCAGUCAGAGUUCCUGUGUGUCGUCUCCAAGGAACUGUGCAGCUCACCCAAUGGCUUGGCUUGUGAGCCCAGUCGAAAAGCCAAGAGCGCAGAGGAGGAUCCAGAGCAAAAGGAACAGGAGCAGCAAGAAGAGGAGGAGGAAGAGGAAGAAGAAGAGCAGGAACAGAAGGAGGAGACAGAAGCUGAGGCUGAGGCAUUCGCAGGGGAGGAGAAAGGUGCAGCAAAUCCCUGAGGAAAAUCAUGACCCAAACAAACACAAGCUGAAAGCCAUCUGCUCCCUUUGGGUGAGAGCUGGUGGCAGGAAAUCAUUCUGGAAGAGGAAUCAGGGAAUGCCUUGCAGGGAGCAAGCAAGAUGCUGGGGCCAAAGACUCAGUGAGAGACUGGGGAGGAUCAGUUCCUUUGGGCAGCUGUUGCUUUUUUUGAUGCAAACUAGGGUUUUUUUAAAUGGGUAGCAAGGUCAUUUAACCAGGGUUCUGCUGAUUCUCUCCUGAUCUCCUCCUGCUCUUUUGGGGUUCCGUUUACCUGGCUUGUACUCUCUCUGCUCUGCACUCUUUCCCUUGCUCAACAAUGCCUGUUUCCUCACUAAGUUGAAAGCCUGAGCUGCAGUCUCCUCUUUCACUCCCACGCCUAGAAUCCUUUAUUCUACCCUAGUCAGAAUUUCCUUCUUCUCCUCUUCUUCCCCAUUCUACUUUGCAGGCACCACUCCUGUUUGCAUUCUCAGGCUUGUAUGAUUGGUUCUCACAUCUCUUUUCAAGGACUUUGCUGCUGAGGUUCUAAUACGGAGACAGGCUUCUUGCACUGAAUUUGUCUUCCAGGGUAACUCCCCUUGGGAGGGGGGCAGUGAAAGAGGGGGAGGAGAAGUAGCUGGAAAAUGACACGAAACAACUGUUCAAUUCUUCCUUUAUAUUGAGUCCAUGUAGCCCACUCCCACCUUUCUCUACCCAAGAUCCUUCCUUUUUUAAAACUGGGAUUGAACCUGGGCCUGCACGCAAAGCAUGGGCUGAACAGCUAGUUUCAGGGCCUUUCUCCAAAGAUGGCAAAGAGUGCUGAUUUAUAGUCCUGGCAAAAGCAACCCCACCUCAAAUUCUGUGCCCCCUCUCCCCAAUUUCUUUGCUCAGAAUAAAUUAUGUAUUUUGCAUUUUGCUUGCUUUGCAAAAUUCUGCUUGUACUUAAGAAUGAUUGGCAGAGGGCAAGCAGUGUGGACUGGGGACAUUAAUAGGAGAUUGAGGAGGGACUAUAUGUAGAACAUGAUAGAAAGUCUGCCCCUCCCCACUCAGUCCCCACCACCUAGCUACUGCCUAUCCUCUUGUGUAACACUCAAAAUUUAUAACUAGGGUUUUUAAUAAGCCAAGCUUUGCAGCAGAGUCCAGAUGCUGGCCACAAUCCAGUACUGAGUUAAGUGCACUUAAGACGAUUGAUUUCAAUUGGAGGUCCAAAGCAGAAGAGUAUAGCAGUCCUUGUCAGCAUAUCCAACACAAAAGGCUUUCCUGGAAAUGGCUGCCAAGUGAGAAACUACUGGGGUUGUGCAUGAAAAAGCCCUUAUUUCUCUCUCCAGUCUCCUUUUUCUAUGCAAAAACAAAUUGUCUGGCAGAAUUGACUUGAAGGAGCAGAUAAUUGUGCUCUAGCUUUUUGGCCGUGUGAAGCAUGUCCCAGUCACACUGGCCGCUUCUGUUGAACUGGGUCUCAGGUAAGACUUGUUCUGGGACCCAGCAUAAGGUUGCAGGCUGCCAAGGUGCCUUUAUGUUGUUUCCUGCAGAAAGAGAGUGGAAGAUUUGGUAUAGAAGGUGGGUUGCCUUUCUCUUCCUGUGCUGCAGCCUUUGUGCUCUCAGCUGUAGCCUGAAUAUAAUGUAGCACUAUGGAAUCCUAAUGCUUGGUAUUCACAAAGGUGUUUUUUCCCCCUCCCUCUCUCUUUCACAUCUGUUCUCCCACCCACGUUUUCGUUUCCUGCAUCCUUUUUAAUGUAUCUUAGUCUUGUUUUUUCGUUUUUACUUGAUUUCACGUUGUCUUCCAGCUCUGUUCAUUCUUGUUGAUUCAAGCUGUUACAAACCAGAAGUCUCAGGAUGUAAUGCUGACGAUCAAUUUUUUCUUGUGUGUGUAAUUUUUUAGAUCUUUAUUUUUGUAUUGUGUUUAAAAAAACAAUAAAACACAUGUCUGGAGUUGGGGUUAUGUUGCAAUUUGUCACCUGCACUCAGUCAUUUCCCUCCGCCUGUAGCAUUUUGAGUUUUGGCAAAAUCUUUGAGGUCCGGAUGUUAACAAGGCAUCCCGUCUGAGGUUCACUUUGAAUGUGGGUUGUUUCUUCAUCGUUUCCCUAGACCUGGCCUUCCAAACUGUUACUGCAACCAUGAUAGGGAUAACAAAGCAUAUCAGUUGCAUUUUUGCCUUUCUGCCACACUUGCUGAGGAGGAGAGUUUAAUAAUCAAACUAACUAAAGGCAUGUCUGCAUUACAUAUUUAAAUGUUUCAAACCUGCUUAAUAGUCCUGGUUCUCAGUCAUGCUUCCAUAGUUCUCCAAAGGGUCUAGAGAUCUUUAAGUAAGGUUCCUUAUACUUUACCAUAAACCACAUUUCUGAGAGUCCUUUGGGGGGAUACUGUUGCAGUUGUACGUUUCAGAAUGCUGGCAUAUAUUGAGCCAUGUAGUCCUCUUCUGGGAAGUAGAAGGGUCAGCGAUCGAUCUUUCUCCCAUAAUGCUCUGCUCUUGCUGUUUGUAAUUUUGAGUUACUGAGAGCUGUAUUCUAAUUGAGAGCAUCCUAGCAUA